UUUGGUAUUAGCGCUUAGGGUUUCGUUUUCGCAAAUCCUUUUCUUGUUUCCGGUUACUCGUAUGCUGUGGAUUAUGUUUGUUUCUUUUGCCCCAAUUUAAGUUCAUAUGUGUGCUGGAAGGAAGAAUCGAUUUGGAUUUGUUCCACCCUACUCUUCAUGUUAUUGAGAACGUAGAUUGAACGACGCCGCUCUAUCUAGGGUUUCUGCAAUUCGAUUUCCUGCGUUCAUACAAUCAACUGCAUUCAUACUAUCAACUGAAUUAUGGGUAAGAGGAAGUCUAGUGCGAAGCCACCCCCAAGGAAGAGGAUGGACAAACUCGACACUGUCUUCAGCUGUCCCUUCUGUAACCAUGGCACCAGUGUGGAAUGUCGCAUUGAUAUGAAAAACCUGAUUGGCGAGGCUUCUUGCCGGAUUUGUGAAGAGAGCUUCAGCACCACCAUAACAGCUCUAACAGAGGCCAUUGACAUAUACAGCGAAUGGAUUGACGAGUGCGAACGCGUCAACACUGUGGAAGACGAAGAUGAUGGAUAGUUUCUCCUGACUUCAGUUUGUUUGGGACGUUCUUAGCUAAUCUUAUAUGUGCCUGAAGUCAAUUGGGAGCUUUUAAUGGUGGAGUCUGCUGUAUCGUAGACACUAUAUCUAUUGUGCGCAUAGUUUGCAGAAGUGAUGCCACCUAAUAUUAAUAUCAUGUUUUUAAUUUGUACCAAAAUAAAUAUAACCCAAUAGUUUACUAUGUGAUCGAAAAAUGACGCUGUGCUUAGAAAAUCAAAAUGAAAAUCUCGAAUUUUGACCUUA